AUGAGUGUGGGCAGCUGCUGGGUCGCACGCUACCACGAUUGCGACUGUGGCGUGCCCAUCUACCCGGUCGGUCGCAUCGUGAACGGCGUGCCCACGCGCCGCGAGGAGUUCCCCUGGAUGGUGGCGCUGUUCGCCGGCCGCUCCUUCCGCAACCCACCCAAGUGCGGCGGCUCGCUGGUCACCGACCGGCACGUGGUCACAGCCGCCCACUGCCUCACCUACUUCUCGGGCCUGUCGCCGUCCAACACGUACGCGCUGGUCGGCGCCUACAACUGGACCGACCGGUACGACGUGCACAAGUCGCAGCUGGUGCGCGUGUUCGACGGCUUCCCCAUGUCCACCUUCGAUAUGGACAAAUUCGACGGCGACAUAGCGCUGCUGGAGCUGGAGCAGCCGGUCGAGCUCAACGCCUUCACCUACCCCAUCUGCCUGCCGCCAGCGAACUUCACGCUGGAGCACGCGGCAGACGGACCGUUGCUAGUGAUCGGGUACGGCCGGCUGUGGGCGCUCACCAGCGACGAAACGGGCCCGCAGCCGCAGGACCUGUUCAAGACGGUGCGCAAGAUGCGCCUGGUGGACGGCCCCACCUGCUCCGAGGACCGGCAGGUGAAGCGCACCUUCCACAAGUCGAUGCCGCUGUCGGCGCGGCAACUGUGCGCGUACGGCGAUGACACCGACUCGUGCCAGGGCGACUCCGGCGGGCCGCUGAUGUACUUCGACCGCCAGCGGUACCGCUACUACCUGACCGGCCUGGUUAGCUACGGCGCCAUGCACUGCAACGCGCCCGGCCUGCCCGGCUUCUACACCAAUGUCAUCCACCCGAGCAUCCGCAACUACAUCGCCUGCAACAUCGUCGACGGAGUCACCUGCAGGCACUGA